AAGCUUUCUAUACAAAGAUGUUAUAUUCUACUCUCUGUGUAAAUAUUCACUAGAUCUUAGAUAUCUUACACUCUCUGAAUAUUGAACCAAAAAAAUAAAUAAAUUUGAGGCCAUUUUAUCCAAUAGAUUUUAAAGUGGACAUGCUAGUCUGCGUGAUGUUGAAUUAAUUGCAGAAAACAAGAGUUAGGCUUUAGUCUUUAUUUCUUCUAAAAUGAGGGUCUAGUAAAAAGAAGUGCGAGCAUUUUUGUGAAUUCUAAGCUGCCGAAAAUGUUGGAGGACAAAGUUGCUUUCCUUUUACAGAAGUAUCUUGGCAAUUACGUGAAGGACCUGUCGAAGGAGGAUUUAAAGAUCAGCGUGUGGCGAGGUGAUGUCGAAUUGACUAACAUGGAGUUGAGGCCAGAGGCAUUGAAUGCCCUUAAGCUGCCUGUUAAAGUAAAAGCAGGGUUUCUGGGCUCUGUAAGACUGAAGGUCCCCUGGAGCAGAUUGGGUCAAGAACCAGUUUUAGUGUACUUGGAUCGCAUUUUUCUCUUGGUAGAGCCUGCAACUAAUGUUGAGGGAUGUACUGAUGAUUCGGUGCAAGAAGCUAAACGUUCUAGGGUAAAGGAAAUGGAAAUGAAGCUUUUGGAAUCCAAAUUUGAGGAUAAAGAUGAAAUGAAUACAUCAUGGCUGGGAUCUCUAAUUAAUACAGUCAUAGGGAAUAUCAAGCUUGCUAUUACAAAUAUCCAUGUCAGAUAUGAGGACACUGAAAGCAAUCCUGGACAUCCAUUUGCAGCAGGAAUGACAUUGGAGAAACUUGCUUCAGUAACUGUUGGUGAGGAUGGAAAAGAAACUUUCAUUACUGGUGGGGCAUUGGAAUAUAUACAGAAGUCUGUAGAGCUUGAGCGGUUGGCUGUUUACUUUGAUUCUGAUGUAAAGCCAUGGGAGAUUGGUAAACCUUGGGAAGAUUUGCUACCUUCAGAGUGGAGUCAGAUUUUUGAACCUGGAGUCAAGACAGAAGAAUCAAUAUCUAAGUGCUGUGCUUCCCAAGACCAUAGUUAUCUCUUGCAACCUAUACGUGGGGAUGCAAGAUAUGUGAAACUUGGAUCUAUAGAUUCAAGAAAUGUGGACCAACCACUACAAAAAGCAAUUGUGAACUUGGAUGAUGUUACUUUAUGCUUGUCACAGGCAGAAUAUCGGGACAUGUUGAAGCUGGCUGAGAAUAUUUCAGCCUUCAAUCGUCGCUUAAAGUAUGCUCACUACAGGCCUCUUGUGGGGGUCCAUGCCAAUGCUAAAUCCUGGUGGCAGUAUGCCUGUAAAGUACUAGUUGAACAACAGAAAAGGGCAAGUGGUCAUCUUUCUUGGGAUAAGAUUGUGCGGUAUACACAAUUGUGUAAGAGAUAUGUAUCGCGCUAUGUUGCUUGCUUAGAAGCUAAUCCCGAUCGAACAAUUAUUGAUGAUGAUAAAGAGAUUCAAGAACUUGACUGUGAACUUGAAAUCGAAGUCAUUUUACAAUGGAGAAUGCUGGCUCACAAUUUUGUAGAGCGGACUAUUGGGAGAGAUGUGAAGAAGCGGAAACAAAAAAGCUGGUGGCAAUUUGGCAGGGGUGCACAAAACAGUAAGAAUAGUAAUGGAAAUGAAACCAGGAACUUAACCGAAGAGGAAAUGAAACAAUUGAAUGAACUUAUUGGUUACAAGGAGCAUACAGAGAGUCCCUUCUUUCCAAGUCAGGGAAAACUGAAUGUAAUUCAUACUCUUCUUGAGGUUCAUAUGCAGCACAAUGCGUCAAAGUUGAUAAUUGAUGGGCACAAUCUUACUGAACUAUCUUGUGAAGGACUUCAUUGCUCAGUGAAACUGUACCCAGAUACUAAAAUUUUCGAUGUAAAGCUGCAGUCCUACCAGCUAGGAUCUCCUGAGGGGCUUCUUGUUGAGAGUGCAACGGAAGAAGAGUCGCUCAAUGCAACAUUUUCGUAUAUGCCUUUUGAUAGGCAGGUAGAUUGGAGCUUAUCUGCCAAAGCUUCCCCUUGUUACAUGACUUAUUUGAAGGCUGCCAUUGACCGGAUUACAAGAUUUUUUGAAAGUAGCAGUGCUGUCAGUCAAAUUGUUGCAUUAGAGACAGCAGCUGCUGUACAGAUGACUUUAAAUGAAGUAAAGCGCAGUGCUCAAGAACAAUUGAGCAAAGCAUUACAGGACCGUUCCAGGUUUUCCUUGAAUUUGGAUAUUGCUGCCCCUAAGAUCGCAAUACCCACUGAAUUUUGUCCUGAUGGCACACAGGAGACUAGACUUCUACUUGAUUUGGGCUACUUCACACUUAAUACAGAGGAAAUGAAUGGAUUAGAAGAUCUUGAGGAAAAAGAGAUAUAUAUGCAAUUCAAGCUAGGAUUAAAGGAUAUAUCAGCUUUCUUGGUUGAUGGUGAUUAUGACUGGAGAGAAAAGUCUAAGCAGAGAUUAACCGUGAAGAGUCAAGGGUCUGAAAAUUGUGUGUGUCUACCUGUUCUGGAUGAAUGUGCCAUCUUUCUAUCCUUACAACAGAUUCGAGUUCCUCAUCCUCUAUACCCAGCUACGAGGCUUGCUGUGAGAUUACCUUCUUUAGGUUUUCAAUUUUCACCUUCUCGUUAUCAUCGUUUGAUGCAAGUUGCUGCAUUAUUCCAAAAUGAUAAAACUUCAAACUCUGUUCGUCCUUGGUAUCCAACCGAUUUUGAUGGUUAUUUAUCUGUCCUUGCUUGGAAGGGGGUUGGUAAUAGAGAAGCUGUUUGGCAACAUCGAUAUGCUGCUUUAGUGGGCCAGUUUCUCUAUAUUCUGGAAUCACCUAGUGCUAGCUCAUAUAAACAUCGAGUCAGUCUCAGAGGAAAGCAAGUUUGUAAUGUACCUAAAGAUUUAGUUGGCAAUGUGGAAAAUGUACUUGCAAUUUGUGAUGCAGGCCAGUAUAAUAGCAAGGUGGCAGAGUUAGUUAACACAUUGAUUUUGCGAUGCGAUGAUGAAAAUUCAGCACAAAUUUGGCAAAGGCGACUUCAAGGAGCUAUUUAUAGAGCAUCGGAUUCUGCUGCUGUUAACAUGGUUGAUGAGAUUCCAGACAGUCAAGCUAGCAUUGCUCAUGAGUCCACAGAAGAUAUUGAAGUAAUUGAUCCUUCUAAGAGGGAAAAUAUCUUCUUGACUGGAGUACUUGAUGAAAUGAAGGUUACAUUUUUUAGUAGUCAUGAAGGAAAACAAGAUCUGAAAAAGGUGUUGCUUGGCAGGGAAAGUCGUUUACUAGAAUUCCGGGCUUUAGGUAGUAAGGUGGAGAUUUCUAUGAGAGAAUAUGAUGUGUCUAUUGGGGUUGUUUUACAAUCAUUGGAAAUUGAAGAUGCAUUUGGAAGCAUGGGAAACCCAUCAGUACAGUUUCUUGCGCGAUCAUUUAUUGAAAAGUCAAGCAAAGCUCAUGAACCCAUUACACACUACUUAGACAAUAAGAAAGGGAGAAAAUUCAGAAAAGCCAUGAAUGAUAAAGAUUUUGAGGAUAAUGAAUGUUUUUUUGAGGCUUCAGAAUCUCCAGUAGAUUCUUCAAAAGAGUUUCAGUCUGAAGCCUCCAGACAACCAUCAGAAUCAUCUUUGGAAUACUUAGAUGUGGAAUGUUCAUCUAAUGGUGGUCUAUCUUGUGAACUACCAAGCUUUAGGCGGAUUCCUUGGUUAUUGCCAUGCCUAGAGGGCAAAGAAAAAGGCCAUGCUUUGGAACAAAGAGAUAAGAUAGAUAGCUUUGUAAAAGCACAAGUCAUUCUUUUUAAGCAUGAUUCUCCAGCAUAUGUAAACAUAGACAAACAGGUAAUGCUCUCACUAGCAACACUCUCUUUUUUUUGCAACAGGCCAACCAUUCUGGCAAUAUUGAAUUUUAUGAAUGCAAUAAACAUUGAAGAAAUGAAAGAAAAAACAUCUGAAAAAGAAGUCGAUGCAAUUGCAACAAUUAUGAAACAAGAGCCCAGUGAAAAGGAUGUGAAAGAAGAACCAAUUGCAACAUUAGAUCAGGAGGAGCCUGUUGUGAAAGGUUUGCUGGGGAGAGGCAAAGAUAGAAUUGUUUUCUCAUUAGUACUGAGCAUGCAGCAAGCUCAAAUUGUUCUGAACAAUGAAAAUGGAACUCAGCUUGCCAUCCUAUCUCAAGAUAACUUACACACUGACAUCAAGGUAUUUCCAUCCUCUGUUGGUGUCAUGGCUUCCUUAGGAAAUCUGAAAGUAAGUGAUAACAGUCUUGACUAUACCCAUCCAUACUAUUGGAUUUGUGAUAUGCGCAACCCUGGUGGCUCUUCAUUUGUCGAGCUUGAAUUUGUUUCCUUUAAUCCUGAAGAUGAAGAUUAUCAAGGUUAUGAAUACAGUCUUGUUGGAAAAUUAUCAGAAGUUCGGGUUGUAUAUUUGAAUCGUUUCAUACAAGAGCUUGUAAGCUACUUUAUGGGUCUAACAUCAAAGGAAUCAAAUAGCAUCGUGAAAUUAAAGAACAGAGUUACUAAUUUUGAAAAAUCAUUUACCAAAUCAGAAAUUGAGGGAUCGCCUGCUUUAAGACUAGAUCUUUCUCUAAGAAAGCCUAUAAUAAUUAUGCCUCGCAGAACAGACAGUAAAGAUUUUUUGGAGCUAGAUGUACUGAGUGUUACUGUGCAAAAUUCUUUCAAAUGGAUCGGUGGAGACAAAAAUGAGAUCAAUGCUGUUCACAUUGAAUUUUUAUCACUUCAGGUACAAGACGUCAACCUGGCUGUUGGUGUGAGUGGCAAUCUUGGUGAAAGAAUUAUAGAAGAUGUGAAUGGAUUUUCUCUUGUUAUAAGGAGAUCACUUCGAGAUUUGUGGCAUCAGAUUCCAAGCAUUGAGGCAGUCAUCAAGAUAGAAAAGCUUAAUGUGACCAUGUCAGACAAGGAGUACCAGAUUAUAACAGAGUGUGUAACGACCAACAUUUCUGAAACUCCAAACAUCCCCCCGGCCUUAGAUUUUGCAAUAGAAAAUGCUUCCGACAUUGAAAUACAGCAGGAGAUUAGAGAGGUUCCAGAUAUUGGAAGAGAGGAACCGUCAGUGGGGGAAGCUUGGACAACCAUGCAAGUUAUUGUUGAUAUUAACCAGGUUGAGCUAAGCUUACAUACUGGAAGAUUAAGAGAUUCUCCACUUGCUACCAUUCAGAUCAGUGGUGGUUGGGUGCUUUUUAAAUCUAACUCGGAGGAAGAAAGCAUAAUUAUGGCAACACUCAAAAGCUUCAAUGUAAUUGAUGAUCGUCAGGGUACUCGAGAGGAAUUCAGGCGUGCAAUAGGGAAAUCUGACAAUAUUGAGUAUGCUCCUCUUGACUGGGUUCAUUCAAAUAUACAGAAAAUGGAGGAUCAUGGAAAUGAACCCCUUUUGCAGGGUUAUGAUUGGAAACCUGUUAUAACCAUGCUCAUUCUUGAUGUCAAGCUUAAUCGAUCAUCACAAAAAAUUUCAAUGUGUAUUCAAAGACCACAGUUACUAGUGGCACUUGAUUUCUUACUUGCUGUUACUGAAUUCUUUGUACCUUCUAUUCUGAGUGUUCUGUCAGAUACUAAUGCCGAAAAUACCAUGGAUAUAAGCAAUGGUAUCAUUCUUGAUCAAGUGCUUUAUUGUCAAUGUCAUGAUGAAGUCACUAUUUCCCCCAUACAUCCACUAGUUGUAGAUGAUGGAAGAUAUGAUUCUUUCAUUUAUGAUGGAAGAGGGGGACGUCUUCAGCUGGCAAAUAGAGUUGGAGUAGAUCUGGCUGAGCCUUCCAAGGAAGCAUUUGUGUUCAUAGGAAGUGGCAAAAAACUUCAAUUCAAGAAUGUGAUUAUACAGAAUGGAGAAUAUCUAGAUUCAUGUAUCUUAUUAGGAGCUAAUAGCAGCUAUUCCGCUUUGGAGGAUGAUGGUGUUUUCCUGCAAAUGAAUAGCAGCGAUUUUAGUGAAAGUAGUUUGCAUGAAAGAUCAAGUAAGGAUUUGUCCGUGACACAAAGCAGACAUGAUGGCAACACUCGCUUGGAUUUGAUUUUUGACUUGCAGGCAAUUGGUCCAGAAUUCACCUUUGUUAAUAAUUCAAUAGACAAUGAAGUAUCAGCUAUUGCUGCGGAGAAGCUUUUGCAUGCAGAAGUGGACAUAUUUUCCAGGUUUACAUUAAAGGGGGACAAUAUAGACCUAAAUGUCAGAGCCCUUGGAUUGACCCUUGAGGCCAGUAGCGGUGUUAGAGUUGUUGAGCCGUUUGACACAAUUGUUAAUUUCUCAAAGGUCUCCGGAAGGACAAACAUUCACAUAGCUAUCUCAGAGAUGUUUGUGAAUUUUUCAUACAGCAUAUUGUAUCUCCUUGUAAGGAUUCAGGAGGAUAUCUUUGCCUUCCUUGCCAUGUCAUCAAAGAAAUCAACAGUGAUGUGUUCUCAAUUUGAUAAAAUUUGGGCAGAUGAGAGGAAUUCUACUAAGCAGAAGUGUGCUUUUUGGAGGCCCCAAGCACCACCUGGUUUUGCAGUUUUAGGGGACUGCCUGACACCACUUGAUGAACCUCCUUCAAAAGGUGUUCUCGCAUUGAAUACCAGUAAUGGAAAAGUAAGGAGACCUUUAAGAUUUGAGCUCAUUUGGUCAUCUUCAAAGGAGUACUCUUUAGUGAGACAAGAAGGUUCUCAAGUUGAUAUUAGAGAAAUCAAUAUGUGUACAGAUUUGGACCGACCCCCUGAUCAAAUGGUUUGUAGUGUUUGGAUGCCUAUUCCACCUCAAGGUUUUGUUGCACUUGGUUGUGUUGUCUCUACAGGAAGGGAGCAGCCACCAUUGUCUUCUGCCCUUUGUGUUUCAACUACUCUAGUAACACCUUGUCCACUUAAGGAUUGCAUAUUCUUAGAUCCUUCAAAAUUGGAUACUGAGAGAGAAAGGCCUGCAUUUUGGCGUGUUGACAAUUCUGUAGGAACAUUUUUGCCAACUCAAUCUGAAACUGGGCAUGGAAAGUUGCUAGCCUAUGACUUCCGCUUCAUCAUUUUUGGUUACAAUGAUGAACAUUUGCAAACUUCCAUUCCAAAGCCUGUUCAUGGCAGCAAUCUUCCUACCAAUGAAGAAGUUAUGCAUUUAGAACGGUCCGCAUCCAUAUCAUCUGGUAGAAGAUAUGAAAGUGUAGCACAGUUUGAAUUAGUCUGGUGGAACCGAGGGAGUAGUUUAAAGAAAAAAGUUUCUAUUUGGCGUCCUCAAGUUCCAUCUGGAUAUGUUUACCUUGGUGAUAUUGCAACCCCAGGAUUUGAGCCUCCCAAUGAAAGCUUGAUUCUUCAUGACCUAAAUGAUGGGGUUCUCUUGAAACCACCAUUGGACUUUAUAAAAAUGGGACAAAUAUAUAAACAUAGAGGUGUAGAAAGUAUCUCCUUCUGGUUGCCUCAGGCUCCUCCGGGAUAUGUUUCCUUGGGAUGCAUCGCAAGCAAAUCUCCCCCAAAACUAGGUGAAUUCAACUCAUUGCGAUGUAUUCGUAAUGAUUUAGUGACUGGAGAUCAGUUCCCUGAUAACAGUAUUUGGGAUACAACUGAAAUUAAACACACGAGAGAAGACUUUAGCAUAUGGAUGCUAGAUAGUGAGGCUGGUACAUUUCUUGUAAGAAGUGGAAUAAAAAAGCCACCAAGAAGGUUUGCCCUGAGACUGGCUGAUCAGACCAAUUCCAGUGAACCAGAUGACUUGGUAAUUGAUGCACAAGUACAAAGGCUCUCAACAACUUUUUUUGAUGAUUUUGGGGGUCUGAUGGUUCCGUUGUUGAACAUUUCUUUCACUGGUAUCAUGUCGAGUUUACAUGGAAGACUUGAUCACUUCAAUUCGACAGUAAAUUUGUCAUUAGUGACAAGAUCAUACAAUGAAAAGCACGACUUUUGGGAACCCCUCAUUGAACCUGUGGAUGGAUUUGUGAGAUAUCAAUAUGAUAAGAACUCUGCUGCACCAUCACAAGUACGCAUGUCUUUUACAAAGGAUCUGAAUAUGAAUGUUUCAGUUGCUAAUGUGAAUAUGAUUCUUGAAGCAUUUGCCAGCUGGAAUAAACUUAAUGAAAUGAAAAGAUUAUCAAAAACUAAGGAGCAAAGAUUGUCAACUUCUAGGAGAUCUCUUUUGGAGAUAAAUCAGAAGAAGACAUACUACAUGAUACCACAAAAUAAGCUUGGUCAGGAUAUAUUUCUUAGAACAGUUGAAUUUGAUGGGCAACCAGAAAUUAUGAUCUUGCCAUCUGGAGAUAUUGUUACCAUUAAGGUUCCUGCAUCAAAAAGCAUUUUGGACUCACAUUCUAAGGAAAACCUGAAAAGGACACCAUCAAAACUUAUAGCAGUAGUAAUUGGGGAUGCAGAGCUACCUGUAGAUGAAGGCAUUGAGGGUCUUCAAUAUAUGGUAGCAAUUCGUAUUAUCCCUCAACACCUAACAUCUGGUGAAGCCCAACCACAUGAGCAGAGUGCACGUACUACUUGUGCAAUUCCUCACCAAAAUCCAUCCUCACAAAGUGUUCAAGUGCAGUGGAAUGAAGUGUUUUACUUUAAGGUGGACACUGUGGAGACGCAAAUGAUUGAAAUCAUUAUAACCGAUCUGCCCAAAGGCAGACCUGUUGGUUCCUAUUCAACCUCACUAACUGAAGCAAUAUCUUUGAGGUGCAACAAGAAAAAUAUUUUUGAUGGAAAGGAGGAUCCUGUUUUUUCUUGGAGGCAACUUUGCUUGGCAGAAUCCAGAAAUGAUAGCAAAAGCAGGGAAUCACAAGGGAAAAUAAGAUGUGCUAUGUUCAUUUCUUCUAGGUUAACUGAUGAAAUGUAUGCCAAGGGUCUUGUCUCUGGUAUAAAACCUGGAAUUAUUCAAAUUGGUCCAACCAAAGAAGGUCCAUGGACCACUGUAAGUUUGAACUAUUCUACCUCAACAACUUGCUGGAGGAUGGGCCAUGUCAUGGUAGCCAGUGAAGUAUCUCUCAAGGGAAGUAACAAAUAUGUAAUUAUCAGGUCUCUUGUCUCAGUUUUAAACCAGACAGAUUUUGCAAUUGAUUUGCAUAUUAGCCCUGAAUCUUUGAACUACAAGCUUGGGUAUGUUACUGGUCAUGAUUAUGACAAUGAGCAACAAACUUCAGAUAACUUCAUUUGGGAUGAAGUUUUUGAAAAUGAGAGAUAUAAUCCUCUACUUGGUUGGGGAAGCAGUUUCCCUGGUCAUCUUUUACCUUCUGACCCAGGACAUUGGAGUAUACGGGAUGAUUCCUACUCCUCUCAGGAAUUCCCAGAAAUACAAGUACCACUUGGAUGGGAGUGGGCAAGUGAUUGGUAUAUUGACAAAACUAAUUCAACUUCACCUGAAGGUUGGACUUACGCAUUUGAUUUUGGGCAGCUGAAGUGGCCACCUCCACUGGGUUCUGAAGUCUUAUCAACUUCUGUCAAGCGAAGACGAUGGAUAAGGAAAAGGAAAUGUAUAUCAAAGGAUCAAAUGCAGCCAAUUUCUGUUGGGGUAAUAUGUCCAGCAGAUAUGAUGCCUUUACCAGUAGCCUGUUUGAAUUCCUUUGGUCCAAAGUACGCCUUGCAAUUAAAACCACAAAAUUUCAAUGGCACUGAUAGAUAUGAUUCAGGAAAGGUAUUGAUCUACAAAGGUGCUCAAAAGUAUGAGAAAGUUCCUCAUAUCUGUGUUUCUUCACUUGUGGAAACUGAGGCCCUUAUAUACUGUCCAGCAGAGGUGGCAAGUUCAUCUAGCAGGAAUGACCUGUGGUUUUGUUUAAGUGUAAAGGCUACGGAAAUUGGAAAAGACAUCCAUUUAGAUCCCAUAAGGGAUUGGAAACUUGUUCUUACAGCUCCAUUAACAUUUGUCAGCUUCCUACCAGUAGAAUCAGAAUUUUCAAUUCUUGAAAAGCUUUCUGGGGGUGAGCUGUCUGUUCUAUAUCGAGGGGUAAUCAAAUCAGGACAAGCAGUGAAGGUUUAUUGUGUAGAUCUGCAGAAACCUCUUUAUUUUUGUCUAUUUAUUCAAGGAGGCUGGCAGCCAAUCCAUCAUGCUGUUCUUAUUUCACAUCCCACGGAGGAGGUGGCACAAUUCUUGACUUUGAAGAAUUUACAUUCGGAUAGAAAGGUCCAAGUUCUCUUUGACUACAAUCAAGAUGGGAAGGCUAUGGUUGCAAGGGUUCUUAGAUUGUACACACCACACUGGCUUCAAUGUAUGAGAUGCCCACCAUUGCAGUUUAGGUUUAUAAGUACAAAACAGACAGGGAGAUCCAUAAUUGGACGAACUAGCAAAAGUUCUGGAAAUUUGGAAAUUUCAGAACAAAUCAUUCAUGAGGAGAUGCAGGAAGGCUGCACUAUUUUUUCAUCAUUUGAUCCUAAAUUUAUGGGUCUUUCAGUUGCAUUGAAUGAUUCCAGAAAAACAUGUUUUGGUCCUCCCACGGCACUUGCUCCUCUCAGUGAAAUGGAUGGUUCAGUAGAUCUAAAAGCAUGUGAUGGAAAUGGCCUAUGUAUAAGAUUGCUUGUUACAAAAAAAACUUGCCCCUACCAAUAUGCCCCAACCAAGGUUAUUUGUAUCUGUCCUUACGUGGAAUUCACAAACAGAACUGGGAAGAAUCUCUUUAUCAAGUUGAAUGAGAAUGAUCAACCAAAAACUCUUCAUGCUUCAGCCUGCAGAGUAGCAUACUGUACUGUUGAUACCAAGGAACCAGAGAGGCUGCAGGUUCAAUUAGAGGAUACAGAAUGGUCUUAUCCUUUUUCUGUCAAAAAGGAAGACAUCGUUACUGUGGUUAUGCGACAAAACUGUGGUAAAAGGCAAUUCUUGAGGGCUAAGAUUUGUGGUUAUGAUGAAGGAUCAAGAUUCUUGAUUGUAUUUCGCCUGGGAUCAAUUAAUGCUCCAUUUAGGAUUGAAAACCGUUCAAAGCUGAAGCUUAUCAGUUGUCGCCAAAGUGGACUUGAUGACAAAGCAUGGCAAACCUUAAAACCCUUUUCAACUCUCAGUUUUUCUUGGGAGGACCCUUAUGGUCAGCACUUGCUUGAUGUCCUUGUUGAGAAUGCAGGUGCAUCCAACUUCUUGACAGUGAAUAUUGAAAAGGUUGGUGAUUAUUAUCCACCUGAUGAAUCUGUUACAAGCGAUAUAUGGAUUCAUGUUGCUGAAGUUCGUGGUGUCAAGGUUGUAAAGUUCUUUGAUGACAAAAGAAGCUCUGUAGAAAGAAUAGGUGCUGCAGAAAAGGCACAAACAGAAAAGGAUAGUGAAGCAGUUUCAGAUACAAAAAACAUGGUCCAGUCCAAUACGACACCUCUAGAAUUCAUAUUGGAAUUAGGAAUUCUGGGUGUGUCAAUUGUGGAUCAAAGGCCAAGAGAAAUAUUAUAUUUGUACCUGGAAAGAGUAUUUUUUUCCUAUUCAACUGGAUAUGGUGGAAAUACGAGCAGGUUGAAGCUCCUUUUAGGCUACUUACAGCUGGAUAACCAACUUCCACUAACAAACAUGCCUGUACUACUCGCACCAGAGAUUCCUGUGGAUUUGCAACAUCCCAUAUUAAAGAUGAACUUCACAAUGUCAAAUGAAAAUUUUGAUGGAACUCAAUUGUACCCCUACAUUGGCAUACGAGUUACUCAAAAUUGUUGGCAUAUUAAUGUUCAUGAACCUAUUAUAUGGGCUGCCAUGAAGUUUUACAAUGAUCUUCACCUCGAUAGAAUUCAUGGAAGUUCUAAUAUUACCCAAGCGGAUCCAGAGAUUCAAAUAGAUUUGAUAGAUAUAGCAGAAAUUAGGUUAAAGGUUUCACUAGAGACAGCACCUGCCCAGAGGCCUCAUGGUGUGCUUGGUAUUUGGAGUCCUCUGAUUGACACUAUUGGGAAUAUAGCCAAAAUGCAGAUCCAUCUUAGGAAAGUUGUUCACAGACACAUGUUCAUGAGAAAAAGUUCUGUCUUACCAUCAAUUACCCACCAGAUUUGGAGAGAUUUGAUACAUAAUCCCCUGCAUUUGCUUUUUGGAGUAGAUUUACUUGGUAUGACAAGCUCAACUUUGGCAUCUCUGAGUAAAGGACUAGCCAAACUUUCCACAGAUGGACAAUUCCUUCAGCUACGUAUAAAACAGGAUUCAUCAAGGAAAAUUACAGGAGUUGGUGAUGGCAUUUUACAAGGCACUGAGGCUUUAGCACAGGGUGUGGCAUUUGGUUUCUCUGGAGUGUUGACCAAACCUUUGGAUAGUGCAAGAGAACAUGGUGUUAUUGGUUUUUUACAUGGUCUCGGGAGAGCAUUCUUGGGUAUUAUUGUUCAGCCUGCGAGUGGAGUCUUGGACUUUGUUUCCUUGACUGUGCAUGGUAUUGGUGCAAGUUGUACAACAUGUUUUCAGGUAUUUGAAAAGAAAUCUGUUUCAAAUAGGAUCAGGAUCCCACGUGCCAUCCGGGGUAGUGGAAUUCUUGAAGAAUAUAAUGAAAGGGCAGCAUCUGGGCAGAUGGUUCUAUACCUUGCAGAAGAAAGGAGACAUUUUGGAUGUACAAAUAUUUUCAUGGAACCUUCAAAAUUUGCAUGGUCAGAUUUAUACGAGGAACAUUUUGAGGUAUCAAAUCACCGGAUUCUGUUGGUCACAAAUAUGCGUAUCCUGAUGGUGCAGUGCCCAUCACCAACUAAAAUGCUUACAAUACCAUGCAAAAUACUAUGGGAUAUUCCAUGGGAAGAGUUGCUAGCCUUGGAAGUAGCAAUGGGAAGCUACCAGAAGCCUGCUCAUCUGAUUUUUCACCUAAAAAGGUUUGAAAAGUAUAAAUGCUUUGUCAGAGUUAUAAAAUCAUUGGGAGAAAAUGAAGAGGAAUGGAUAAGUCAAGCAACAAUGAUCUAUUCGUUCGUAGAGUGUCUCUGGAAGAAAAAUCAAUCACUCAAAAGACUCUCUGGUUUCCAGAUGCUAGGUGAUCAAGGACAUUCAACUUACUUACCACAAGUAAAAACAAUAGGAAUUUCAGAUCAAAAAUCUGUUGACAUCAUGGACAGAGAAGCAGAGGCAAGUUCUCAACAUAAAGCUAGCGACAUAAGUGAUUUGUCGAACCAGAGAAUCUCAUUACAGCUUGGUUCCAAAUAUACCCAAGAUGACAAGUUCAGAGUGCAUAGUAUUAGUUUCCAAAACAUUUGGAACAGUGACCAGGAUUCAAGAUUCCGGUGUUUUCUUUGUCCCCAACUGGAUGACCAAGAUAAACAAUGCUGCAGUAUUUGGCGUCCAGUAUGUCCAGAGGGAUUUAUCUCAAUUGGGGAUAUUGCUCGUGUUGGGAAACACCCACCAACAGUUAAUGUCGUUUACCGAUACAACAAGAAAGCAUUUGCUUUGCCUACAGGUUUUGAUCUGGUCUGGAGAAACUGCAUCAAUGAAUUUAUAAGACCAGUAUCCAUUUGGGUUCCAAGAGCCCCGGAAGGGUACACAUCAGUUGGCUGUGUUUCUGUAGCAGGAUAUAUGGAACCAGAAUCAAAUAAUAUUUUCUGUGUGAAUUCAGAUCUUGUAGAAGAGACUGUAUUUGAAGACGUUCCAGUAUGGAAUGCCCCAGGCAACUAUCCAUGGGCAUGCUACCUCUAUCAAGUUCGUAGUGAGGCUUUGCAAUUUGUUGCUCUACGGCAAAAGAAAGAAGAUUCAAUGUGGAGGCCUUGCACAAUAAUCGAGGGUAGGGACCCUUGAUGCAAAAGAAGAUUCAAUGUGGAGGUCUUACACAAUAGGUUGAGGGCAGGAACCCUUAAUGACAGAAUGGACCUGAUGAUGAAGAGCUUGUGCUUGAAUGAAUGAAUGAAGGAAUUUUAAUAACGUCCAUGAGACUAGCUGUCUAAGGGACCAAGAGUCAAAGCCUAACAAUUUUCAAGUUCUUUUUUGAUCUGACUCUCCUGUUGUGAAUCUUGACCGAGAAGCCGGCAGUUUUGUGAAGCCUUGCCUCCUCAAAUAGCUCAUUUAGACUACCUACUCCCAAAUCAUUUUUAUAUUGUGUAUGUGCAUUAUGCAUCCUGUAGUUUUUCUUUCCCAGAUGUAAUUUUUAUGCUAUUAAUUAAAAUUUAAUAUUCAUACAUGUUGAUUAUUAAAAAGCCCAUUUGAAACAAACAUUCGUAUUUCAUUUUUGCCCUGUGCCAAGGUUGAAGGGUCAGCUAUUCUACCAAAAUCCACUUUGUACUUUGAAUCUAACCUCAUCCUUUUACGCAAGUGGCAGCCUGGCCUUUCUCUUGAAUGGAAACUCGGCAGGAUGUGUAACAGUUAAUUUGUCUUUCAAUGUUUUCUAGAGCUUUCAAUCAUAUAUUUAACAUCUUUAAAAUGGCAAAAUCAGUUAAUAGAAUCUGAAAUAGCCAUUUGAUGUGAACCAUAUAGGUAGCAUUACUUUUGCUAUUUAACCACUUUGGGGUAACGAAGAUUCACUUAAGUCUGUAAGAGAGCUUUAUGCUCGAGGAAUGACAGGUUUUGUAAAAUUUGUCAUUUGGUUUAAAAGAUGUUUUUAAUUUUUCAAUUCAA